GAGACAGUGAGAGAGGAAACACAGGCAAAGGGAGUGGAGAAGCAGGCUCCCUGCUAAGCAGGGACCCUGAUGCGGGGCUCCAUCCCACGACCCUGGGAUCACAAUCUGAGCUGAAGGCAGAUGCUCAACUGACUGUACUAGCCAGUGGCUUCUCAGAGAUGUCCUCCUCCCGCUGCCCCACUCGAAGCACACCCAGCCUAAGUAAAUCCUAAGGAAGUUUAUACUUCGACCCACGGACUCAAGGAACCUCAGAUCCCAGGCUGGUUUUGCUUUCUGUGCUGCCAGCAUCCUAAGACAAAGAGAUAUAAGGACCCGAAGGUAGUAUUUUCUCCAGAGAUGGAAAACAAUACCACCGUCAUUUCACGGGAGGAACUGGAAGAGCUACAAGAAGCAUUUAAUAAAAUAGAUAUUGACAACAGUGGAUAUGUUAGUGACUAUGAACUUCAGGACCUGUUUAAGGAAGCGAGCCUUCCUCUGCCUGGAUACAAGGUGCGCGAGAUUGUGGAGAAAAUUCUAGCAGUUGCUGACAACAACAAAGAUGGCAAAAUCAAUUUUCAAGAGUUUGUGUCACUGAUACAAGAGUUAAAAAGCAAACACAUCAGCAGGACAUUCCGCAAAAUAAUUAAUAAGAGAGAAGGAAUUACUGCUAUUGGAGGAACCUCAUCCAUUUCCAGUGAGGGCACACAGCAUUCUUACGCAGAGGAAGAAAAAGUAGCUUUUGUUAACUGGAUCAACAAAGCCUUGGCGGAUGACCCUGACUGUAAACAUCUCCUACCCAUGAAUCCCAGUGAUGGCAGCCUUUUCAGAUCACUUGCAGAUGGUAUCCUUCUUUGCAAAAUGAUCAACUUAUCUGAACCAGAUACAAUUGAUGAAAGAGCCAUUAAUAAGAAAAAGCUCACCCCUUUCACUAUUUCUGAAAACUUAAACCUAGCCCUGAAUUCUGCCUCAGCCAUUGGUUGUAGAGUGGUCAACAUUGGGGCCCAGGAUCUCAAAGAAGGAAAACCUCACUUGGUCUUGGGACUUCUCUGGCAGAUCAUCAAAGUUGGUCUUUUAGCUGAUAUUGAGAUUUCUAGGAAUGAAGCUCUGAUUGCAUUGCUAAAUGAAGGUGAGGAUCUAGAAGAGCUGAUGAAGCUUUCUCCAGAGGAAUUACUGCUGCGAUGGGUGAACUACCAUCUGACCAAUGCAGGAUGGCGCAACAUCAAAAACUUCAGCCAAGACAUUAAGGAUUCAAGAGCCUAUUUUCAUCUGCUUAAUCAGAUUGCACCUAAAGGUGAACAGAGUGAUAAACCUGCCAUUGCCAUUGACCUUUCAGGAUUUAAUGAGAAAAAUGACCUAAAGCGUGCUGGAUUCAUGCUUCAAGAAGCAGAUAAACUGGGCUGCAGACAGUUUGUUACUCCUGCAGAUGUGGUUUCAGGCAAUCCUAAACUUAAUUUAGCUUUUGUAGCUAAUCUGUUUAACACAUACCCAUGCCUACACAAGCCUGAUAAUGACAUCGAUAUGAAUUUAUUGGAAGGAGAGAGCAAGGAAGAGAGAACAUUUCGGAACUGGAUGAAUUCCUUGGGGGUCAACCCAUACAUUAAUCAUUUGUACAGUGACCUUGCAGAUGCUUUAGUGGUCUUUCAGCUUUAUGAAAUGAUCCGUGUGCCUGUCGACUGGAGCCAGGUCAACAAACCUCCUUAUCCUGCUCUUGGAGGGAACAUGAAGAAGAUUGAAAACUGUAACUAUGCAGUGGAACUUGGGAAGAAUACAGCUAAAUUCUCCUUGGUUGGCAUUGCUGGGCAGGACCUAAAUGAAGGGAAGUCAACACUUACUCUGGCAUUGGUAUGGCAGCUGAUGAGAAGGUACACAUUGAAUGUAUUAUCAGAUCUUGGAGAAGGUGAAAAAGUAAAUGAUGAAAUUAUUAUUAAAUGGGUCAAUCAGACUCUUAAAAGUGCAAAAAAAAAUACUUCUAUAUCCAGCUUCAAGGACAAAUCUAUUAGCACCAGUUUACCUGUCCUAGACUUAAUAGAUGCCAUUGCACCAAAUGCAGUUCGUCAAGAAAUGAUCAAGAGAGAAAACUUAACUGAGGAAGACAAGUUGAACAAUGCUAAAUAUGCCAUUUCAGUUGCUCGAAAGAUCGGUGCCCGGAUAUAUGCCUUACCUGAUGACCUUGUAGAAGUGAAACCAAAGAUGGUUAUGACUGUGUUUGCAUGCUUAAUGGGAAAAGGACUGAACAGAAUAAAAUAAUCAAAUAUUUAAUAUUAUUUUCUGCCACAUUAAACACACUGAAUGUCUCACAGUUUACAGAAUUCUGAAAUGUAGUGGGUUUUUGAUUAUUUGUAUGCUUAACUAGUUGUAUAAUUCAUUAAUGAAUGCAGUAUCUUGUUCAUACUAGUCAGAAUCUGUCAACAUUUUUGGAUAUGCAGUUAAUUUACCAGUCAAUACCGAUAAUAACAUGCUCAUUAUUAAGCUGAUAUUUCAUAAUUAAAUUAUUUUCAUUUUCUGAAAGUCUUAUUAAAACAAGACUAAUUCAUCUUUUUCAUGGUUCAAAAAAGAUCAAUGUAAACAUUUUUUUGCAUGUCCUGCGGUGCUUUGAUUUGUGUGUGUGUAUAGUGUUAAUUUUGAUUAUAAAUGUAUUCAAAGUCAUUAUCCAGGUUCUUUUAUUUUUUCCUCCAACUAUGUGAACUUUACUUUUCUGUAAAUUUCUAUAUUGUCUCAAGUUUUUAAGUGAUAAGUAUUGUUCACUAACAUUAAACCAUUUCAUAUAUGAGAACUAAAAGUCUUGAAUAAACACCAAAAUACAUUCUCUUAUAUAAGUAGCAGGAGCUUUUUACUUAAAACUUAAUUUUAACUGUACUUAUAUUUUAUGUAUGCUAGUUUGUAAUACAGCUUUAACUAUGACAUGCAGCAUAUAUGUUGGUAGGCUGUUAUUAGAGAAAUGUGUGUGUGUGUAUAUAUAUAUAUAUUUUUGCAUCUGAAUUACCCAGGUUUUCUUAAAUGGUAUGUAUAACUGGUCAGUCAGGCAACCAUUAAGUGUUUAUUGUGGUCCCACUACAUGUGUAACGACUUUUCAGUUUGUAGAUAUUUGGUACAUGAAGAUUUAUUUUAGAAAAUAUUCAUUUUGGAUGUGCCUAUAGUUAUUUUUCAACUGACUUCUUCCACAUAAUUAUAACAAAGCAUUGACUACAGCAUCUCAAGACACGUUGACACUAUACUGUUAGUUUCAUAUUACACAUGUUAAUUCUGAUCUAUACUGAAGCUCUCAUUUAGAAUAUGCCCACUGAAUAUCUUUAGCAGAAAAUAACACAAAGCUAAUACUCAACAUAGAAUAUUUUCAUAUGUUUUUUCGACAGCCUCCUACAAAUUGGCAGUGUUUGGUUAAUGCCUGUGUAACUUGAGAGUAGCUAACCUUCAGACCUAUUUUUGUGUGAAUUUCUAUCUGUAGACAGAUUCUGCUGCUAAAAAAUGAAUUCAGAAAUCUGUUUCCUCCAUCUUCCACUGUGAGUGAGAGUGAGCAAUACCGCUAUGCAACAAAAAUGCUGUCACGUUAUCUCCAUGUGAAUGAGUAGUUUAAACUCUCCUUCUACCAUUGAUUAAAACAGGUUGGUAAGAGUGAGACUACUCAUGUGUUUUGAAUUUUUUAAAUGAAAUCAUCAAUAGGUGGAACUUUGAAGUAUAUUCUUCUACAAAAGUGAUUUCCUUUCCUUUUAUAUUUUGAUGAUUGUUUUCUUAUAUGAAAAUUAAGAUGUUUUUGCUCUACAGUGAUUAAGUAAUGUUUCCCCUUUUGAUUUUUUUUCACCAUUAUACUUACUAAGUUAUCCAAUUUACAUGAAAUUUGGCACUUGAGGGUGUUCUUUUUCUCACAAAAAUAUAUUUAAUAAAAACUCUAUGUAUGUACAAA